AUCCUCGUGCAAAAUACCAAUAACACAUCAACAAAACAAACCAUAUAUUAUGUAUGGAAUAAAAAUCCGAAGCAAAAACCCGAAAAACCGUCACAAAUCACAAUUACUGGUACAACAACUUCCAGUUCCAUCCAUCUGUCGUUUCUCGAUCUCCACAGUUCUCCACUGUUCCAACUCCAACCAAACCAGCUUCUGACUAAUUUCCCUCUCUCCGCGUUUACGACACCGCGUUUCGUCAGAUCUGAAAUUGCAAUGGUCGCAUGAGCGGGACCGGCGUCGUUUCGAUGGAUCACGUGCUUGUGGCGCUGGGGGAGACGAAGGAGGAGAGGGAGGUUCGUAUUCGGAGCCUGUUCAACUUCUUCGACGCCGCGAACAACGGUUACUUGGACUACGCCCAGAUAGAGGCUGGGCUGUCGGCGCUGCAGAUUCCGCCGGAGUACAAGUACGCGAGGGAACUCUGCGAGGUUUGCGACGCCAACAGCGACGGCAGAGUCGAGUACCACGAGUUUCGCCGCUACAUGGACGACAAGGAGUUGGAGCUUUACCGCAUCUUCCAAUCCAUUGAUGUUGAACACGACGGCACCAUUCUUCCUGAAGAGCUCUACGAAGCUCUUCUUAAAGCUGGUAUUGAAAUGAAUGAUGAGGAGCUUGCUCACUUUGUGGAGCAUGUUGAUAAGGAUAACAAUGGAAUUAUCACUUUUGAAGAAUGGAGAGAUUUUCUUCUACUUUACCCUCAUGAAGCAACUAUUGAAAACAUAUAUCAUCAUUGGGAGAGGGUGUGCCUUGUUGACAUUGGAGAGCAAGCUGUCAUUCCCGAAGGCAUCAGCAAGCACGUGAACCGGAGCAAAUAUUUUCUUGCUGGUGGAAUAGCAGGAGGUAUUUCUCGUACAGCAACUGCUCCUCUUGAUCGUCUGAAGGUGGUCUUACAAGUUCAAAGCGAACCUGCUUCCAUCAUGCCAGCAGUAACGAAGAUAUGGAAGCAAGAUGGUCUGUUAGGAUUUUUCCGAGGUAAUGGAUUGAAUGUUGUGAAGGUAUCACCAGAAAGUGCCAUCAAAUUUUAUGCUUUUGAAAUGCUGAAAAAAGUUAUUGGAGAGGCCCACGGCAACAAGUCAGAUAUUGGUACAGCUGGUAGGCUUGUUGCAGGUGGUACGGCUGGUGCAAUUGCACAGGCUGCUAUCUAUCCAAUGGAUCUCAUUAAAACUAGGUUACAGACUUGUCCCUCUGAAGGUGGAAAGGUUCCUAAGCUGGGAACACUUACAAUGAAUAUAUGGGUUCAAGAGGGACCUCGAGCUUUCUACAGAGGGCUUGUUCCAUCUCUGCUUGGCAUGAUUCCUUAUGCUGCCAUUGAUCUCACUGCUUAUGAUACCAUGAAAGAUAUAUCCAAGAGAUAUAUUCUUCAGGAUAGUGAACCUGGUCCUCUAGUACAACUAGGAUGUGGGACAAUUUCUGGGGCUGUUGGAGCUACUUGUGUCUAUCCAUUGCAGGUUAUUCGAACAAGGUACAAUGCUGUCAGUAUUACUGUUGUUUCUCUGUUCUUCCCCAAAGAAAUGAUGGAGUGAAGGAUGGUAUCAACUGCAGGCACAACCUUCCAACACUUCCGAUGCUUACAAGGGAAUGUUUGAUGCCUUUCGGAGAACUUUUCAGCUUGAAGGCUUUAUAGGUUUCUACAAGGGACUCUUUCCAAAUCUCCUCAAAGUUGUGCCAGCUGCAAGCAUUACUUAUGUGGUCUAUGAAAGUUUGAAGAAGACUCUGGAUCUGGAUUAGAGUUUUUAUCUACCGUACAAUCACAAGAUGUUCCAGACAACAAAGAAGUCGUUUCAAGUAUGCUUAGUUCUAGGCACAACCGCACAAGGUACUUGCAGAGUUGUGAAAAUUCACAUUGUUAGUAAAAUUCGUUCACUGGAUAGACCAUACCACAGGGUUGAGCUUGAUUAUUAUUUUUAUUGCUGAAGCAAUUAUGCUGAUGAUACUUUAUUAAGUCAUUAAUUGCUGAUGGUGGCGAUAAGAGGGCUAUAUUAGAAAUCAUUCGUUAUAUAUCUUAAAACACGAUUUUGUAGUCAGAAGCUCAAAGUAUUUCCCCAUGCUUAA